AAGACAGUGAAGGUGGCGGGUCAUCAAGGAAGGAGUUGUAUUACAAGCUGGCUAGAAUGUACAAUACAUUACAACUGUGGGUAGAGGAACCGUUACUACAUGAUGGAUCCCUGUAUCUACCUUCAUUACCACCACAAUACCAGGCUGACAAACUUCUAGCCAUCUUCCAAAACCAUACAACACCUUGGAUGGAUUUUAUAGAUCUACCAGAAAUAAGAAGCAGUCUGAAAUCUCAGACAGCAGACUGGCUACAAAACAGCUCACAAGUACAGAACCCAAAGUCAAAGGAACCUAAAGAAACCAAAAUGAAGACAUCAGCAAAAGACAGAAUUUUAUCACGGUUAUCAAGAUGUGAUAAUCCCCUCCCACCACCUCCUCUACAUGUUGUUAAAGCCCCAGUACCAGAGAUAAGCCCAUUGAUUAUGGAGAACAAAGCAGCCAUUUUACAUCUGCUAGAAUCAGAUUUAAAUCUGCUCAAGGAAUAUGCUGGGAAAUUUUGUAUGAGGUUACAACACCACAAGUCACUAGAUGAUGCCUACAUUGACUAUGUUCCUAAACUCUACAAAAAUGUCAGACAAUCGGUGACCAUAGCCUUGAAGUGUACCAGUUUGAUUAAUCCACUUCAUAAAUGUUCAAAACCUGGUGCUGUAACUGUAUGGGUUGAAGAGAAAUGGAAUGACCCAAUACAGCAAAGACAAGCUGAUGAGAAUAGGGCGGAUUAUAAACAAGUGAUGAUUGAGUGUAAACUCCCACCUGUACAGAACACAGUCAUCUGUGCUGUACAUACAGAAAAUGCCAUCACUAUGUUGGUGAAGAUGUAUCGCAGUAGUACAGAUACUAAGAGAAGUCAGACAUUAAACAGUAUAGCUUGUAGUCUAUUUCUUCAUCUGAGUGAUAUUAUAACACCAAGUCUGCUCAAAUAUCCUCCAACAAAACAAUUCUUCACCUCAUGUAUAGACAUCCUAGGACAGGAGUUUAUUCAGAGUGAUCCGCAUCAAACAGAAGCUGUAUUACAGAUGGCGCUUGAUAGAUCUGUGUUAGGUGGAAUGCUUGCACCUCAUUUUAAACCAAACUUGAACCCGGCUCUGUUUGUGAAAAUGUAUGGCAAGCUAGUAGGGUGUUUACCAAAAGAUAGCCAGGAGAAGAGAGCAAUGAAGAGAGUUGGAGAACAAGAUUCUAAUGUUGAUCUGGCAACUUUAUCAAUGCUGUUGUCUAAGUUUGAGUUAAGGAAGUGGCUAGAGGAGUAUAAUCCAAGUAAACAAGAGGUGAAGAAACUGGUAGAAUAUCUGAGUCAGGCAUUUAUAAAAUGUGGAACCAUUCCAAAAGAUGGAUAUGCGAUGGCAUUUAAGAUAUAUCAGAGUCAUGAGAAAAUAUUGUUGAAACACAAGUUUCCUCUCUAUCUUCAUGAAGUUCUAGCUGCUCUUCUCCAAGGUUCAUCAAUGCAACGUGUCUGUGUUGAUUGCUGGAAAGUUCUCUAUAACAAUUGUUUCCGUGACAACCAAAAUAUACAAGUUGAAGGUCAGACAGUGCAAGCUCUAUCUACAGACUUGUCAAUAGAAGAGAUAAGAAAUAUAUUAGGAUGGCUAGGUCAUGAGUUUACACAGAUCAGGUUGAAUCAGAAAGAGGUUACAUCAUUUGGGUUAUAUCCUAAAUGGAAACAGUAUGUACCAUACCUGGCUGCAUUGAUCAGAGAUCUCUCAAAAUGUCUUGUUGACAAAAUGCUUCCAAACCUAGCAGAUUCUCCAACAAAUGAAGGUAUUGAGGUGAUUUGGGGAUGUAUACAGGAAAGUUUUGCACCAUGGAUACAGACUGUGAUCUCUAGUAAGGUUGUUAGUCAACCAUGGAUCGCUGCAGACAGGGAAUCAGCCUCUCACAUGGUCAAAGCUUUAGUGGAUGUUGUUAAAUAUGCUCACUAUAAAACAGAAGAUAUUCGGGGUAGAUUUUACAGUGACUUCCUGUCGUUAUUGUGGCUACAUUUUGCCAGUGUCUUGUGUAAAGAUGAUGUUACAGCAGAUAUUGUGUCUGUGUUCAACAUGGAGUUUGUCAAGUUACCAUGGAAACAGUUACUACCUAACAUAUAUGUUAUGGAAACCAUGGCUGCAUUAAAAGAGAAAGGAUGUAGUCUUGGAUUUAACCUGGUAGCAGACAUUGUUUCUAUGAUAAACUGGUCACAAGUAUCUGAGUGGUAUGAGUCUUACUUUGAUCACAAUCAUCAGGUCCGAUACGAGGGUUGUCUGUUUAUACUGCUUAUACAGGCUUUCUCUGAGAACAAGCACGUUGAGAAUCCGGACAUUCAGCAGUUGUUACUACAGGCCCAGUCUUUUAAAUGGAAACAUUUAUCAGCAGACGACUAUAAGAAUGCUGGUUCCUGGUUCCUGCAGUCAUGUGACCCAAAAUGUCUGCUGCAUGGUAGAACUGCUCCUGAAGCUUUAGGCUUGAGAUUAUUGGAGUCAGCAUCAGGUUUUACAACAGAAAUAUCUAUGAUGUUGACAGAGGCUUGGAGAAUCAGACGUCAGACCUACCUCCACUGUGUCUCCUCUCUUAUAUGUCAAUGUACAUAUCUCACAGACUGGGAUACAACCCAACUCUCUACUUUCAUCAUAAAUCUGCUCACCGAGACAGAGACAGUCGAGUCUGCUGUACCAGACACUCACUCUAGAAGAGAAGAGAGUACAGAUAUGAUGAAGGAAGUUCUCAGUCUUCUCAACAACAGUAAUCCAGAACACCAGGGAUCAGAGAUUAUCCUGACAACAAUCAUACAGUGGUUACAGGAGUCUCCAAAAACUAUCCUACUGUCUCCAUGUAUACAUGCUGCCUCUAGAAACCUUGCCUCAUUAACAUACAUGGUCCAGAUUGUUGAAAAAUGUAUACACUUGUCAUUUGUGAAUGAUGGUCAUAUCCAUCAGUCAGGUGAUGCUUGGAACAGUGUGUUGGCUGCUGUACAGAUACCAGAGUUAAAUGUUACAGAAUUUUUCCAGACAUGCCUACAGGAAUCUUCCUACCUUCUCUUGUACUGUUAUGUUAUACAGAAGAUACCCUGUGUCAGUCCCUGACAGAGGAACAAGGGGUGAUUGAACUGAUACUUGACUGGAUAGAACGUGCUAAACCAUGCGUUGAUAACGAGAGUAAGUUGUUGCUAUGGUGGCAUAAAGCUCUAGAGCUUAUAUUACGCCAGAUAGAUUAUGGGCGGGAUCCUGCUACCUGCGUUACCCUUCUUCAGAAACUUAUCCACAAGAUUCAAGGUUUUGGUGAAGACAGGGCAUCUGUGGGCCUGUUAGGGGCUAUUGGUUUAGGAAAGAAAUCUAUAUUGUCAG